AUGUUCUUCGAAGUAAUAUCGACCGAUUGGUGGGGUCGCCACCGUACAGAAGGCUAUAGCUAUCUCUCUCUAGCUUUCGAGCCGGGAACUCACGAUAAGAUGUUGUCCUGCUCUCGCCCCGAAGAGAGUGACAGAGUGGAAGCAGAGAGCAGACGUUUUUUCGUUGGCGGAUGUCAUUUGAUAAAAGAUUUGGAUGUGUUAGCAAAGCCACAUUUAAAGGACGCAAAUUUCGUGUACGUGACAACUGGGAGUAUAAAAGUCCGCUGGAACGUGCUAUCUCAAUCCCCUACACACCUGGGCCAUCUGGAACAUCUGGGACAGCUAGAAACCAGCUCAAUAAUUCCCAGCACUUCCGCAUCAGCCUUGUUGCGUGGUGCUGAAGCUGUACUAAGGCAAUAUAAACGUGCAAGAGCCAGACUAGCCGCUGCCACCAAAGACUUAGGUGGAAAAGGAGACCAUGUAGAAAAAGGAUAG